AUGGCGUCCCAAACCGAAGACUACAUGGGUCGUCCGCUCUACGCCUACGAUCUUCCUCCACAGCUUCUUCGCUCCAUCACUCUCAAGCCCAAUGUCGACACACUUUCGACUGCCCCCUCGCUCGUGCCAGAGCGACCCAGCUCGCCGAGCGUGACAAGUACUGAUUCUACAACGACCGAAACAAACACCGUCGGAUCGCUGUCGUGUUCGCUGUGCGGCUUGACGUUUACCAAUGUCCUGGACCAGCGCGGCCACUUGAAAUCCGAUCUACACAAUUACAACCUCAAGCAGAAGCUGCGCGGCAAGAAGCCAGUCUCGGAGACGGAGUUUGAGAAGCUCAUCGAAGACUUGGACGAGUCGCUUUCGGGCUCCGAUUCGGACGACGACGAUGACGACGAUGACGACGCAAACGACACAACAUUGACAGCGUUGUUGAAGCGACAAGCCAAAAUUGCCGGGAAAAGCGCCUCAUCCAACGACGAUGACGACGGUAAAACAAAGGUGCAGAAACCCGGAAAAACACCGCUGCUUUGGUUCAGCUCGCCGCUGCUUCCUGAGAACCACUUCUUCGGCGUGUAUCGUGCGCUGUUUACAAAUGAACAACAAAAGACUACCGAUUUCACGGAAGAGUUACGCAAAAAGCAGCUCGAUCCAAUCACAAUUCCUCACCCGGCCAAGGAUGGUACACUGGCGCCGAUUGCUUACAAAGGACCUCACAUUUUCUUAUGCAUGAUUGGAGGUGGCCACUUUGCCGCCAUGGUGGUGUCCCUCGCACCGCGCCAGAGCAAACACAACGCGCCCAUGAACCGCGAGGCCACAGUGCUGGCACACAAGACAUUUCACAGAUAUACGACGAGGCGAAAACAGGGAGGUUCGCAAUCGGCAAAUGACAACGCCAAAGGCGCGGCGCACUCUGCGGGGUCCACGCUGCGACGAUACAACGAGCAGGCGCUGGUCGAGGAUGUCCGGGAGCUGCUUCAUGACUGGAGGGCGCUGCUCGCUACCUCGGAGCUCAUGUUCAUUCGCGCGACCGGCAUCACCAACAGGCGCACUCUGUACGGACCGUACGACAAUCAGGUUUUACGACACACCGACCCGAGAAUACGCGGGUUUCCAUUCAACACACGCCGGCCGACGCAAAAGGAGCUGAUGCGAUGCUUCAUCGAGCUGACGAGGCUCAAAGUCCGCGAAAUCGAUCCAGCAAGCGAAGUCAAGCCCGAAAAGACGACGCCAGUCUCUUCUACGCCGGCAACACCAAAGCCUUCCAAACCAAAGCUCACGGAAGCUGCGCAAACCGCACUACUUCACACCACUCAGCUCCAGGCCUUUAUACGGCGCUCCAAAUUGCCCGCCCUCUUGUCCUACCUCUCCAGCAACAAGCUCUCGGCCGACUUUGCCUUUGAGCCUACCGAGUCGCACCACCACACACCUCAUCCGCUGCACCUCGCGGCGUCGCAAAACUCAGCGCCCAUGGUGCUAGGCUUGCUGGUGCGUGGCGAGGCUAACCCGCUGCUCAAAAACGCCGAGGGCAAGACGCCCUUUGAGCUGGCCGGAGACCGCGCGACGCGCGACGCCUUUCGCGUUGCGCGCGCCGAGCUGGGCGAGGCCCGCUGGGACUGGGAGGCGGCCGGUGUGCCCGCGGCCCUGAGCAAGGCCGAGGCCGACAAGCGCACCCGCCGCGAGCAGGACGAGGCCGAUGCUAAGGAGGCAGAGAGGCGUCGCACCGAGGAGGAAAGGCUCAAGACGGAGGGGCCGCGGGUGCCGGAGUCCAAGAGACAGGGCGGCCGCGGCGGCGGACAGGUGCUGGGCGGCGGCGCGUCGGCCCUGCUGCCCAAGACGGCGCAGGAGCGCCGCGAGGAGGAGGCGAGAGGGCUGACGCCAGAGAUGAGACUACGGUUGGAUCGCGAAAGGAGAGCGCGUGCGGCCGAGGAACGACUAAAGAGACUACAGGGGAAGUAG